AUUUUGGCAGAGCUGGCCAUGAUGCUACGGUUCAUGGUCGGUGCCCUCUUCCCGGCGCUGCUUCUGGCCGCACCGCCCCCCAUAAACAAGCUCGCCCUCUUCCCGGACAAGAGCGCUUGGUGCGAGGCCAAGAACAUCACCCAGAUCGUGGGGCACAGCGGCUGCGAGCACCAAUCCAUCCAGAACAGGGCCUGUCUGGGACAGUGUUUCAGCUACAGCGUCCCCAACACCUUCCCUCAGUCCACAGAGUCCCUGGUUCACUGCGACUCCUGCAUGCCAGCCCAGUCCAUGUGGGAAAUUGUGACAUUGGACUGUCCAGGCAACGAUGAGAUCCCCAGGGUUGACAAGCUGGUGGAGAAGAUCCUUCACUGUAGCUGCCAGGCUUGCGGGAAGGAGCCGAGCCACGAGGGAGCCCUGUUCAGCGUCUACCUGAAUGGGGACAGCCCUGGGCCCCUCCCGCUGCCCCCUUCUCUCUGUUGUAUAAAGCUGAUUUCUUUGGCGCUGUCCUGA